UGCUCUGAAUGUCAAAGUGAAGAAAUUCAACCAAGCGCGGGUAAACGGCGGGACGAAACCACAGCCAAGGGAACGGGCUUGGUAAAAUCAGCGGGGAAAGAAGACCCUGUUGAGCUUGACUCUAGUUUGACAUUGUGA